CAAGUACAGUCAGUCUUGCGCGAACCGUCAGAGGGGGAGGUUAUGCUGCGUUUGCUCUCCUGACUCCCACCCACGCACCAUCUCUCGCGCACACACGCACACACACGCCUCCAGUGCAUAUCCUUAUAUCAGUGAAGUAAACAAGUGCCUUAAGGAUUCCAACGUUAAGAGAGAGUGUCCUAGUGCAGAAGGAUAAUUUAGUAGGAUUAUUACAAGUAUACGUAAGGAGGGUGGAAAAAAUAUCCUUCUAGUGUUUAUGACAAGGUUCCCCGCCUCACGAGUCACUUCUGCACGGGAUUGCGACGCCUACACGUGCCCCCUUACGUGCACUCACCCACACGCGCAUAUAAGGUCACAGCCGCUUGACAUCUACCCUCAAGGUGAACUAAGGUGACCCAAGGUGACCCCGUGAGCCGAAGUGACCUCAGCCAUGGAGCGUAACAUCCCCCACGUGCUGGAUGUGUUCACCUGCUCCCCAAGGGCCCGCCGACGCGCCCUCCACACUGAUCUGGACCAGGUCUCAAAGGUGGAGGAGCAGAAGAACCCUGGCAGCGACUCAGCAGUGUCAGUAGAUUCCAGCGAGGACGAAGGAGCAAACAUCAGCAAAUACUUCGACUAUCUCAACGAGGAUGAUGACGUGGGCGGCGGCAGCGCGUCCAGGAGGAAGAAGAAGAAGAUGCAAGGAAAGGAGAACCAGGGCAAGGAGAACCAGAGGGAAAGCCAGGACAAGAACCACAAGGAGGAGAAUAAGAAGAAGAAAGACGACCAAGAACGUUCCAGUCGCAAGGAGGACUUCGAAAAGGACAUCCGCCAUAUUGAGCGCCAUCUGUCCAUGAAGAAAACGAUCAGAAAGAAGAUGAUGCGGGAUCUCCAGCAGGCCUUCGUGGAGGACCCGGGCGAGUUCCAGCAGGACCCGAACCGCAUGGAACCGGAGAAAAAGAACAACAUCAACAUCCGCAACCUGACCAUCUCCAAAGGGCGCCUCUCCAAAUCCGAGCACAACUUCCUGGACAUGCUGAAGGACGAAAAGGAGGCGAAGGACAAGAAGAAGGACCGCAAAGGAUACCGGGACAUCAUGAACAAUAACAAGAACAGUAACAAAGGGGCAGUUCUUAAUGAUGAUGACUCUGGAAACGGUUCACCUUCCAGAGGCUCAUUGAGUAAGACGGCCAGCAAGGAGGACCUGAUAGAGACGAAGGAGGCACCGAAAGAGGCACCGAAGGAAGAGAAGAAGAUAGGAUUUUGGAAGAAGUUAACAGGGAAAGGGAAGAGCAAGCGGUAAAUAUGAUAGGCUGAAGGUGAUAGGCCUACAAUGUAUAAUGUCCUUAAUCAACAGACUGUGAUAUCUUUAUUGUGCCUAAUGCAACAAACACAGAGACACACAUACACAGAGAGACGAAAAUUCCCUUUGUGAAAUUAUUAUUAUUAUUAUUAUUACUAUUAUUAUUAUCAUUAUUAUUAUUAUUGUCAGCCUCCAAAGUUCCUCUUUUCUGUAUAUACUUUUUUUUUCUUCAUUUAAUUUCGUUUUUUAUUAUAAUUGAAAUGUGUCUCUGAAGUGAUCACUCGUAACUUACUGUUGUUAUCAUUAUUAUUAUUUUUAUUAUUAUUAUUAUUAUUAUUAUUAUUAUUAUUAUUAUUAUUAUUAUUACACUAAGCUCCAUAAUAUUUCAUGCACAUCAUGUUUUCUAGCAUUUCUCCUUGUAUUAUGUUCCUUUAAGUAGGGUAACACACCUGUAACACACCUGUAAUCACCUGUACAUAGAUAGGCAUACAUAGGUAGGCAUACAUAGGCUUAGCUGACCACCACCACCAUUCCACCACACACACACACACACACAUCAUCGUAUAGCACAUGUGAUCAUACUUUUCUUUUAAUUUCAUUCGGCGCCUCGUUCUUGGACACGAAAAACAAUAAUAACACAGCAAAAUGUUGUAAUAAUAAUAACAAUAGCCUAAAAAUAAAUAAGUAAAUAAUCUAAGAAACCUGUAUCCCAUUUUUUGGUUUCGUAUCGUUUUCUUUCUAUACUUGAAGUCAUUGUUUAUUUUCCCCUUUCUUUUAUUUAUUUUUCUAUCACAAAAAAUCACAAGCUGUAAGAAGUGUGUAUCCUAUUUGUUUUGUUUAAUUUGGAUAUUAUUCUUUACCUAAGCAGCUAAAUGAAUAACCUUUCGUUUCUUUUUUUUUAUAAUGAAUCUUCUUUUCCUUCCUAUUUGUUUUGUUUUCUCCUCGUCCUUGGAAUCACUUUGCUCCUUUUCCUUUUUUUUUUCCUAUUUCUUAAUUUUCUUUCUAUUUCCAUUCAUUAUCAACUGCAGGGACUCAUUAAACACUUAUGAACCAUCCAUAACCGUUAUUAUGAGUCAAUCUGUGGUUCACUCAGCGCAGGUGACGCUGUUUUGAGAGAGAGAGAGAGAGAGAGAGAGAGAGAGAGAGAGAGAGAGAGAGAGAGAGAGAGAGAGAGACUGCAUAGGCAUUGUAAUCGCGUAAUACCUUCCCGUUCUGUUGUUGUAGUGCCAAUGAUAAAGGCGUGAUAGAAGCUUGAGUCAGACUGUAAAAUAAUAAUGUUGCAAUAGGUACGAUGUCUCGCGUACUGUAUCUGACUGUACGAUAAUCUUUUUGCAACAGCACCACGUCAUUUGUACUUGAUGUAACUAUAUAAUAAAGCUGCAAUAGGUA